UUCAAGUCUCGAUGGAACCUUUCUUUUCGUUUUACCGUACUCAAUCCUCUCCCCAUUCAAUUCCAUCUUUCUUCCGGACUCUACUGCUUAAUUCCUGUGUAACGAUAUCUACUGUACCUCCUCUCUCUCUCUCUCUCUCCGUUUUGACACCUGAAAAAUGGAACCACGCGAAACCCCAGAGAUCGAGAAAAUCGUAGAAACAGUGGUAUCAAUACUAAAACAGUCGGAUUUGGAGGAAGCAACCGAGCAGAAGGUCCGAACUACGGCCGCCGACAAGCUCGGCAUCGACCCUUCCGAGCUGAGCUACAAGUGGAUCGUCCGGCGCUGCGUCGAAGCGUACCUGCUCUCACUCGACGACGAUGAAGAAGAAGAAGGAAACAAGGACAAAGCACAAGAGCUGCUACACCAAGGGGGGUUUAAACAAGGCCAGAAGAGAAAGCCUAACUCGCUCGAUGAAGAAGAAAAAGUUGAGCCAAACCAAAGGCCAAAACAAGAUGGGGAUCAAGUUAUAUGCAAGCUUUGCCUUUCAGAAAAAAGGAGUUUGGUAGUUCACGAUUUUGGAGGGAAAACUUUGGUGUCAUUCAGAGACUACUCCGAAAAGAACGGAAAGCUGCUUCCCUCUGCUAGAGGAAUUAGCUUGAGUACUGAACAGUGGUCAGCAUUCAGGCAAAGGGUCCCUGAUAUACAAGCUGCCAUUACAAAAUUGGAAUCAUGGAUAAGAUCUAAAGAUGCUGGAAAACACAUGGAGACAGAUAUGUCAAACUCAGCGGCUGCUCUUGCUCAAGGACUCGUUCCUAUGGAGAUGAAGCAAAGCAAAGAAGAUAUAAAUGAUUUAUUUGACUCUCCGACUGCUUCUGCUCCUCAAGGAGUCAUUCCUAUGGAGACUGAACAAGUAGAAGCAGAUGUGUCUAAUGUGUCUGCCCCUCAAGAAGUCAUUCCUAUGGAGACCAAACAAGUAGAAGCAGAUGUAUCUAAAGCUGUGGGAAAACAAGUUGAAUCAGAUAGAUCUAAUGCUGAGACUGCUUCUGCCCCUCAUGAACUCGUUUCUAUGGAAACAAAACAAAUAGAAGCAGAUAAAUCAAAGUAUGUGACUACUUCUGCCACUAAAGGAGUCAUUCCUAUGGAGACAAAACAAAUAGGAUUGGAUAUAACAAAUUUUGUGACUGCUUGUGUCACUCAAGGAGUCAUUCCCGUGGAGAAAAAUCAAAUAGAAGCAGAUGUAUCUAAUGCUGAGACAACAAAGAUUGAAGGAUAUAUAUCUAACUCUGUGACGACUACUUCCCCUAAAGGAGUCGUUGCUAAUCGGCCAAAACACACACAAGCAGAUAUAUCGUAUUCUGCUUUUGCUUUUGGCCUUCCAGGACUGGUGCCUAGUAAGACCACCCGUCUUGACGGGAAAAAUUACUAUUGUUGGGCGCACCAAAUGGAAAUUUUACUGAAGCGAUUGAAAAUUGCAUAUGUGCUUACUGACCGACGCCCAAGCAUUGCCGAUAGACAAAAAGCCAGUUUUGAAGAAAUUGCUCGAGCCAAAGCUGAAGUGCAAAAAUGGUUGAAUGAUGACAACCUGUGCCAUCACAGUAUCUUGAGCUGUCUCUGUGAUAAUUUAUUUGCUGAAUACUCCAAGAAAACUAAGAGUGCAAAAGAGCUUUGGGAGGAGCUUAAAUCAGCUUACGGCGAGGAUUUUGGAACCUCGACAUCUAAGGUGAACAAGUACAUGCAGUUUGAGAUGGUCGAUGGAAUAUCGGUUCUUGAGCAAGCACAAGAACUUUGUAGGAUAGCUGAUUCUAUCAAAGCUUCCGGAAUGUGGAUUGAUGAACACUUUCAUGUUAGUGCGAUUAUUUCUAAGCUUCCUCCAUCUUGGAAGGAGUAUCGCCGAAACUUGAUGCGCGAGAAAUAUAUCACUGUUAUCAUGUUGAUGCAUCGCCUGAGAGUAGAAGAAGAGUCCCGGAACCAUGCCGAGAAAGAGGGGUUUGCUCACGUUGGGGAGUCGAGGGAAGAUAAUAGACUCGAAUUGGAAAAGGGAGAUUUCAAGAGGCCAGCAAUGCACUCGGAGAUGGAGAAGGGUAACAAGCUCAUAACGUGCUUUAGAUGUGGCCAGAAGGGGCACAUUAGUAGAAAUUGUCGACAAAGGAUGGUGUAUGUCAGGGAGAAGUCAAGCGAGGGGAAUGAAGUUGUUCCCGUAGCUGGUGAACCAAACACAGGGAAAGGAAUGGUAGAGUAGUCAAGUUCGGCUCCUCGCCAAUUCUCCAAUAAUUGGAGGAUCUUCCAAUUCAAAUCUAUCGGUCAUGCUAUUCACCUCAUUAAGAAGCCAUUUGGUUGAGCACACAGGAAAAUCUCUCUCCCAACCAGUAGCGAUGAAAAAUAUCGAUGGCUAUAGGAAAUCUCUCUCUCUCUCUCUCUCUCUCUCUCUCUCUCUCUCCUAAUGUGUCUUCACCGACGAGCCACCACCAUCACCACCCUGCCUCCUCCAACCCGAACCACUGCCUCUCCCUCUCCCUUCUCGUCUCCCACUUCAUUACAUCCCCUUUGCUUACUCGUUGCCAUGCACACUUGACACCACUACAUUCACCACCAAACAAACUAAACUGACAUUGAUAGAAUUUUCUGGGUUUUAAUUUUCCGAUCAUCAAAUGGAGAUCGGAUUAACCAGUUUUUUUUUUCAUAAAAUCGAAUGGCCAAUCAAUUUUGUCUAUUAAAAACAGUCAAGUUUUUAAUUGAUGCCUGAGCAAAAAAAAAAUUUUCUGAUUGAUUGAAUAAUCUCAAUGAUUAACUCGAGGUUGGCCGAGUGGUCUUGCCUUGGAUCUUAGCGGUUUGCUCCCUCCUGAGAUUUUAGAUUCACUUUUUCUUGUCAACAAUUCUUGGGCUAUCUCAUCACCACGCGGAAAAAAGUGAAACGGCUGUGGAAGAGGCUAUAGAGAAUAGUGAAUAGUCUGAGGUGCGCGCAAGUUAGCCAAAAAAAUGAUCUCAAUGAUUUGAUGAUGUCUAGUUUGGGUCAUGAUGUUUUUUAUCGCUACUGGUUGGGUGAGAGAGAAAUUUUCCUGUGUGCUCAACCAAAUGGCUUUUUAAUAAGGUGAAUAGCAUGAUAGUGACAUUUGAAUUGGAGGAUUCUCCAAUUGUUGGAGAAUUGGAGAGGAGCCGAACUCACUAUGGUUUGUCAUGACGAAGCCAAGGGUUGAAGUUUUCAGGUCUUUCGGCAGUUGUCCAGUAUUUUAUGGGUCAUAUUUGUAAAGUUCUAUAGAAAUUAUACUUACUGUAGGGGCUUUUCUAACUCGAAUGGUAUCACUGGUUCUGCAGAUCUUACCCUUUCGGGAGGGAUACUUGCUCAAGUUCCGUAAGGUAGAGCUUGCUCUCAGCGAAGACUAGCACGAGAGGGCAUAGCUUGUUUCCACCACCGCUGUCCUUGUAAAAUCCUCGGCCUGUUUGUGUGUGUUACUAGCAUUGUUGUCUAUAGUGGCAGAGCCAGAAUUUGAACUCAGAGUGGUGCUGUUCGAUGAGAGUCCACUUGUGUUUCCGCAUGUUUUAUCUAUACUACUUCUUUUAAAUGUACGAAAGUGUUUC